AUGUUCAAGAGGCGAAAACACGCGCCACACCAAGCAAAUACUUUUACGAAUGCUGGGUACUCGAACUGGAAGAAGCAGUACAGUAUUAUCACAAAGCACGAAAAGUUCGAAAGUCAUAUAAAUGCCAAGAUUGCUCAAGUUAUCUUUUUGCAAGGACGAUCAAUCGAUUCGUGCUUGAAGCAACAAGAAUAUAGACCGAAAUUUUGCGUCGGAAGAAAGAAGUCGUGGCAAACCGCAGCCAUUAUGAAACGUGUUGUCGAGUCUGUCGACACUGUUGUACAUUUGGGAAAGCAGGGACUUGCUUCCAGAGGGCAUCGAGAAUCGCUAAUUGAUGACCCAAAAGCAAACAAAGGAAAUUUUCUAGA